AUGUCCGAAUUCCCACAACUAUGCCUGGACUGCCUAGUUCCGGAUGAACGGAACAUAAAAAUGAUCCGCCAGCCCGGUGGCGAAGAGUGCAAGCUUUGCACGAGACCAUUCACUGUUUACAGAUGGCCUGGACCUAGAGGCCAGAAGAUGAAGAAAACGAUUGUUUGUGGAACUUGUCUGAAGAUACGAAACUGCUGCCAGAGUUGUCUUGUGGAUGUUUACUUCAAGAUCCCCAUGGAAUUCAGGGAUGCUGCGUUGAAGAUGGCUGGAAUCGAGAACCCUUAUCUAGCGGAGCAGAGCAAGAACAGAGAAGUCAAGGCGAUUAUGGCCGAUAAGCAGGAACUACAGGGAUUCAAAAACGAGGGACAAAGGGAGAAAGCAAAGGAGAUAUUGGCUACGUUGGCUGAAAAGCUAGGGAAGCAGAAACCGGCUGUUGUGGCUACCCAAGAACAAGAAUCAGCUUCAUCGAAAGACCUCACGCAGAUCGUGGCAAAACUACCGUUUGGAGCGACGCUUACCUCCUCAGAUGAAGAACUAAAAAGCUUCUUUGUUUUCGGGUUUGACCCGCAGAUGCCCCAGUACGUGGUGAAGGACUAUUGUGAGAAGAUGGCUGGCCCGGUCUCGACAAAGAUAGCCCACCGGGCCCGCUGUGGUUUUGUCACCUUUGAGUCUAAAAGUGACGCUGACAAGUUUGCCAAAAAGCUCGAGAGCGUGAAAAUCAGCAAGUCCAGCAAGACGGCAGCUCUUGUGAUUCUCGAAAAGAAGUAUCCUGUGCGUUUCUGCUGGGGCGCCCCAAAGCCACUUGGCGGUUCCGGCGCCGAACAGGGUAAAAUCGGUGCUGUGGUUGUGAAGGUAAUGAAGCAAUUGGCCGAGAAGGAUGCCAGUGAGGGUAAGAGGAAGCGGAAGACGGUAUCGGAGGAGCCCCGCAAGGCUCCCAAGAAGACAUAUAAUGCCGAGAGGGAGAUAGAGUUGUGA